AGUGUCAACCCACGCAAUAUCCCGGAAGUUCGGCACAGGGGCGCAUGCGAGAAGUUUUGUUUGGCUUGUCGGUGGUUCCCUCAUUUCUUGUAACUUGAGUUGUUGCUGAGAUUCACCGUGAGCCAAUUACAAGGCCUGAGAAGAAACGUGGACGACGUUGAAUUACCUUAGCCGAGUAUCUACAUUCAACUGUACUGGCAGUUCGUUUUCUCAUAGAACUCAACUCGUUAAUAGAACAUGACAGAACAAUCAAAUCUGUUACUGCGUAAACAACUCGGAGAGCUAAACAAGAAUCCAGUGGAAGGCUUUUCUGCAGGUCUCAUCGAUGACGAUGACAUAUACCAGUGGGAGGUCGUUGUUAUCGGACCACAAGAUACCCUGUUCGAGGGCGGUUUCUUCAAGGCUCACUUGAUAUUUCCCAAAGAUUAUCCUUUGAGACCGCCGAAGAUGAAGUUCAUAACAGAAGUAUGGCAUCCUAAUGUGGCCAAGAAUGGCGACGUGUGCAUCUCUAUCCUGCAUGAGCCCGGAGAGGACAAAUAUGGCUACGAGAAGCCAGAGGAGCGCUGGCUGCCCAUUCACACUGUGGAGACCAUCAUGAUCAGCGUCAUCUCCAUGUUGGCGGACCCCAAUGGAGACUCUCCUGCCAAUGUGGAUGCAGCUAAAGAGUGGCGGGAAGACCCGAACGGAGAGUUCAAGAAGAAGGUAGCGCGCUGUGUGAGGAAAAGCCAGGAGAUGGCUUUUGACUAGAAAAUCUGACCCGAGAAGAAGGAUGGAUCUGACUGAUGAAUUGCACUAGGGGUUGCACUUAAAAGUCAACGUAACACCCCCUCGCAGUUCUUCUGAACGGAUGAAUGAACGAUUGCCUGCACACUAAAAUAACACGCAAGGAUGUCUACUUUUGAAAGCUGUGAAAACUCAAGUACCAUCGUGGUGGUAAACACAUUUAUUUAGAUAUUUUAGGUCUUUCUUUUUUCCAUUUGCCAGUAUGAUAUCCAUUGUAUAAGAAAUUGGUGUGUGAAUGACGGAUUUAAUAUUAACCUCUAUUGUCAAAUCGGUUUGUGUUGCGCUUUCUUGACACUAUUUUAUUCCCCACAUUUCCUAGGCUUACAAUAUGGAACUGUCUUGGCAAUAACUUCCACAUUACACACUUAAAAGUAAAAAAAAAAGCAAAAGCUCCUUUUGUGCAGUGUUAAUUGAAGUGUGCGUGUGUGUGUGCGUGUGUGAGAGAGAGAAAGAACUUGGGUUUGUUAGUAUUCAACAUAUUUUCAAUUUGCAUUUCACUCAAGCUUUGUUAUCAAACGGAAUUGGAUUUGACCGUUGAGCCUCUGCUAAAACGAAGGCCCCUACAGUCCUUGCAGUGACAGGAGUUAUUCAAAAUAUGGUUUGCCGUGAACCAGACCACAGGCAGAACUGAUUAAAUAAGGUACAACUUGACAUUCCGUUGGAUUGUUAAGAUGAUAGUCACAUGACUGUCUUCUCAGAAAGAGGUCAACUGGGUAUUCUGACGCUGUAGUGGCGAUAUGACUGGAUUUCGACAGUUGUUCAUUAUGUAUUAAAUCAACGAGGCUCAUUCAUUGUAACAUUGUCAUUAGCAUUGAAGAAAAAACUAUCCUUUAAUUGCUUCCUCCUUCUAUGACCUGUGCAAAUGCUGUUACGUUGUAUCAACUGCAUUGGGCGACACAAUUAAGUAAUAUAACUACUAAUACGAAUUAUUUGCUCAAACUUUUAAAAUUAACAAUAAUACAACAUUCUGGAACCGAAUAUAACAUUGUUUUUAUCAUUUCAUGUUAUGCAAGUCUGCUGGGGGGGGGGGGGGGGGGGGGGGGAAGGAAGGGGAACUCCAAAUUGAUUAAGCACAGAUUUGCUAGACAUUUUGCUAUGAGACUUUCUAAACUAUUUAUUUAGAUACAUGAAAUGCAUGAUUGUUUGGGUAUUUUGUUUUCAGUCUGCCAUGCUGAGCCAUUGUUGAUGCAAUCCUGAUGUGUGUUAACAUUUCAGAAGUUUAGAAUCUGUUUUUCCCCACAAUCCCCGCAAUUCCACCUUGCUGAGGGGUUCCUUCUCAUGAGGGGCAUACAUGUCCACAUGCUGCCUUACUUUGACUCCCUGCAAGUGGGGUCUAAAAUACAUUCUCAUCUAUAAGCCUCUGUGGCAGUUCUGAGAAGGCACCAAACUCAUGACCAUCACACACAAAUGUCACCUGUAACAUUCACAUAAUAUAUCUAUACAUAUCGAUAUAUAUAUUAUUUGAUGUAUACGAAAGAAUCCCCCCAAAUCCAUGAAACAAUUUGCCCACAUGUCUUGUGUUUUCAUUUCAGACCCCGCAUGAAUGAUGAGAUAACUUGAAUUUAGUUACAUUUGUAUCAGAAGACUUAUCCUAACUUAAGUCUGAAAUACUUGAUCGUGACUAACAAUCCACGAGCAAAAAGCAAAUGAGCUCAAGCAUAUUUUUGUGUAAUAUAAAUAUUUGAAAACUA